AUGGACAAUAAGGGAAGUGGAGAAAGACCGGGACUGCCAUAUGCCUUCUAUUACAAAUACACAGAGUAAGUUUAAUCGUUGGGUUCAUGGUAACAUGAAUGAAUAUAAACCAAAAGGUUUAAUUGCCGGGGACUGAAAUUCAAUUUGCAAAAUAAAACGUUAUGACUAUAGUUAGAAGAAGAAUAUUAAAAUUUGUUUAGCAUUUUGUAGCACUAUUUAGUGGGGGGAAAAAAACCUAAUAAAUAAAAAACUAAUAAAUGAUAAUUCCAUAAUAUUACAACUAAAUGUUUUUUAAAAAGGAAUCAUGGCCGGGUGAUAUAGUGUGAGAAUAUUAACCCAGAGUGUAGACAAGGUCUAGAGCAAACCUAGAUCCCAUUUUACAGCGGAAAAUGUUCACAUUGUAACAAUGAAACUAAGGGCCCAGAAGCUCAUUGGCUGGCUAUUGUGUAAUACGGCCAAUCACACACGCAGUCAACCCAACGUAUCACAUGGACCAGACAAGAUGUGGAACUGGAGUUUAGAGGAAGAGUAAGUAGCAGGAAUCCUUAGACUGACACUGGAGCAUGGACGGAGCCAUUAAUACAAGAAUUCAUAACUCAGGGGCAGGGCUUCAUAUAUGCAGGGCACUGGGAAUUCCAGGUUUUAGAAAUACUGGAAUCCAUGGAAUUAAUUCAUUAAAGACCAGACUCCAGAUUAGAGAUCAUUAAUUUAGAUACAAGUUAAAGGUAUCUCUGCAAAGAGUUCUGGGUUGUACAUAAAUGGCCAUGAUAUCUUUAGAUGUGGACCAAUAAUUAAUUCUAUUAAUUUAGGCAAAAUUAUGAGCUAUGGUACUCCAAGUUGGACUAAAGCCAGUCCAGACAAUAACAAGGCAACAUAGGCAAGGAAUCGGGGCUCACAGGAUCCGGAUGUUAAAGAAAACAUGACCAGUGAAUGACAAGGACAAUGGACUGUACAUUCAUAGGGAGUCAAUAUCAGAGGACACAAAGAGUUCUUAGUAACCAAUGUCUGACCAGGAGGAGAAGAACCAUCAGACUGUAAUGUGUAUUUACUUAUUAUGAGAUUGAGCUGUAAUUGUUGUAAUACAUUGGGCUAGCAGUACCCUACAGCUUUUUUUUUUUUAUUUGGAGAUGAAUAAGAGAUGCAACAUGUCUAUAUAUAUCCUGUCCCAUGUGCAGCUAUCCCUACCCUACCAGAUGAGUGUCCUCUUAUAAAAUAACAAUAUUAUCAUAUAAUAAAAUAAUAUAAAAUAACAACAGACAAAGGUUCAGUUCUGAAGUAAUGUAGGUAUGCCAUACAAUAAACAGACCACGUGAUUUCAGCUAUCCUGAAACAGAGUUUGAUUGUAAUAACAGAUCUAUCCAUCUACUUCCACAGCGAUGCAGAGAGUGAAUGUAAUCUCGCCAUACAGCCUGGUAACCGCACUCUUUACAUCUGCCACUUCCCUGAGGAUGAUGUACGUCUAUUUAACGACCUCAAGGUAUCAGUGAGAAUUAGAGAUACAAACCAGACACUCUACCACCGAACGCUAGAGGUGGAAAAAGUGGGUAAGAAACUCAGAAUUUAGUGGAAACCUCAAAAUAAAAUGUUAUCACCAAUCAUUUCUGAAUAUAAUACUUCAAAACAGAAUACUUUCAUUCUUAAAUCUUCUAACCAAUUCUACUGCAGCACAAAAUGUAAUGAUUUCAUCAAGCAUCUCUCCAAUAAUCAGUUGGGACAAACAUGGUUUUGUCAUCCUUAUCCUCGCAGUUUAAAGAGUAGUAGUCGAUUUUUGUUGCUAUUUUUUUUGUUUAUAUGGCAAGUGAUAAUCAGAUAGAAAAAUAUACACUUGAAGGAGGUACAAGGGACAAUGACAAACCUAUGUGGAGCAAGUUGAUCAUAUAGACCUUAUCAAAUAUUGUGCUGGUGCAUAUUUGUGACAAUAGUGUCAUUGGAGAAGAUCUUUCAUAUUGAUCAGGUGAUAACUUUCUUUCAAAAGGGGAGUCGAAGAAUUAUUGGAUCUUCUUCAGAGAUAUAUUCUGCAGCCUUCACCAAAAAGGUUUUAUUUGUCUCAGUUGAGGCCCAGAACACUGUGAUGACUUUGCAAGUUUUCUCUUACAGGGCUAAUAGACCAUCCCAAAAAUAUCAAGGCAUUCUGGGCCGGAAAUGGCAACGUUAUUCAAGUUACUUGGAAUUCUCCAAAUCAUGAAUUCAGAGAUUUCUUCAGGUAUCAAGUCCAAUAUUGGCCAGAGAACUCUACACACACAUACGACCAGGUAAGAAUUUUGUGUAGGUUUGUAGUUGUUGUUUUUGCCUAAUUUGAAGAAAAAUUUACCAAUUGUUUAACGUUGAAUGUUUUGUAUUUCUUGACAGAUCAUAAAUUCAGAAGAUCUACCGUGCCGCCUUAAAAAUCUCCAGUAUGAUCUCUUUUACCAUCUUCAUGUCCGUACUCAGGUCAAUGAAGGAGAUGAUAGCUUCUGGGGUCCAUGGUCAGAAACUAUCACCUUCUUCUCCUUGGCUUCUCCAGGUAGCGAUCAUUAGUCUUAUUACUUGAGUAGGAAGAUGUAUUGUAGCAGGCUGGCCGGGUCUUGGGUCAUAAACAACAGAAACAGUUCUUUCUUCCAAUAUGAGGAAAUCUUUAUUUAGCAAGCAGGCCCCAAUUGAGCCACAGCAAAACAUUGAACUAAAAUAAUCUCCUAGUCCACACUGGAGACUAACUAACAUAGAGUACCCUUUAUAUGCUACUGGACAGCUAAGCUGACCCCAGUAGUUUAACAAAUAAAAAUAAAGACUUGCAAAAUACCUUUUUGUUCCCACACAGUUUCAGCAGUCUUUUUGACUCACAGUCUCUUUUUCUCCGCCCCAGCUCUUCACAGGAGAGACUGGUUUCCCUCUGCAUAGGGUUUAUGUAGCUCCCUAAUUGAUGGACUAGAGCAACCUGAUUUUUAACCACCUCUAGUCAGGGAACACUGAAAGUGCCAUUCUGGGGCUAAUAUCGCAGUGUUCCCUCACACUGUCACAAUAUGCAUUCAAAAGCAGUAUUUAAAGGAUAACUGCUUAUUAUAAAAUGUUUUAUUUUAAUAAGUGGCUCGAUUUAAUAGUGUACAUAUUAUACUAUUAUUACUUUCAAAGUUGCGACAAUAUUAGAUGUCAGACCAGCUCGAUUACCAAUGUAUUAUAAAUUAGACAACAUGGAGGUGCAGCAGCCGGGAGAAGUAGUGUCAGGGUUGGAAUCAUUCAUUCAAGUUCUUUCCACAGAGUAUAAUGGGAGAUGAGGAUUCAGUUCCCCAUAUUUUUUUACUGAUAUAGGUGACUUUAAGUAGAAGUUACAAUUUAAAAACAUAUUUUUAUGUGUGUACUGUUCCUCAAUCUGUAUUAUGUUUACAUUUUGAUCAAUACGGUAGCACCAUUCCUGCAAAAUGCAUGUUCUGUGUCUUCCCCCAUUUCCAUUUCCUUUCCUAAUUGGGAAAUUGGCAAAAGUUAAAUCGCUACAACUUGCAAAAUGUAGCAACACGCAUGUUAGCAAGUAGCAGCUGAAUGAUAAAAAUGAACGGCAUUGCAUAGAGAUCCACCAGCCUUCGCUUGCCUAGGACUGGUGUAAAUACAAAUUCUCUAUCGCCAUGUCCACGUUUACCUGUGGGAGCACUCCAACGCUCUCUGAGAGAUUUUAAUGCCAGUGUAACUGAUUGAAUACAGACAUUAGCCAAAAGCCAUUUUCGUGUAGCUUUUACCUGAUGCUCUAAUAGUGUAACUUUUACAUUGACCUCUAAUAAAUCGCAGGGAGAAUAAUCAAAUAAAACGUCUUAAAAUAAAAACCCGCUAUUGUUAAAGGUACUUCAUAAAAAAAGAGACGUAAGAGACACGUAAAGCAGUCGUUUUUUUCUAGAAAAAAUAUUGGAACAAAAUAAGUUCCAUGGAGAUAACUCCCAUUUUAUAAUCUUGGCCGAGUGAUGAUGUUCUGUGACUGUUCACUGCUUGGAAGCCUUUUACUGAUUUUAACGUAGUCCCAGUUGAUGUUUAUUUGGCCUGGGAGAAACAGGCGUGGGUCAUGGCUACUGUAUUUACAUAAUGCUACAUCAUGGCUUACAUCCAAUGAUCUGUAUUCACAGAUAAAAUCGAGCUGCGAUGUGUCACUCCGGACCUGUUUUUGGUUUGCUGUAAAUGGAAUAAAGUGACAGAGUAUCCACAUGCUUUGCAACAACUAUUCUAUCACUAUGGGUAAAAUGACACCUUUAGAACAAUCUACUAAUGUAACUUACAAUAAAUACAGUAAUAAUAUGUCACUUUUGUAUUUUUAUUUGGUUUUAUAAUUAUGUUUUUUUGCUAUCUGCACUCUUGUAUAGUUUGAAACAUUGUCUGUAGACCAUUGUAAGGUGAGUUCAAUUCAGCUCGUCAGAACGCAUCAGUUGAGUUUUAUUAAUUUUCUAUAACGGAUAGCAUUGAUUGAUUGCCUUAAAACAACUGUUAUCAACCCACACUCGUUCAAAAGCCAGUUGGCUAUUUAGAUUUUAGGAAUUGACCCGUUUUUCUAAAAACUAAUUUACAUUUGUAAGACAAGCCAUAGUUCAAUCCAUGUCAUUUCCAGCAGUGUUAGGGCCAAUGGUGACCAAGAAUUAAUUUAUUAUUAGAGCAAUCCUUCUCAGUCCAUGAAAAUAAUGAAAUUUUUCUGAUGGCAGGGAACACAACUGGCAACUCUGUGAGCGUAAUAUUAAUAUGACAGACUGUAACUGUGUGUUUAUGGCAAAAAAUGACUCCCAGCUAUCUAUAAUCGUCAAUAUAUCAUCUGCUGACCACCUAUUGCAAGUCUUCUUCAAGGAGCCCUUCUGGAUAAACCACGUCGGUAAGGCCUGGCUUAUAGCCAUACCUGAUCUCUGGGGACAGCAGGCAUUUUAUGAAAUAUGGCAUGCUAGACCUCAGUUUCCUAAACAAAGCAUCUGGGAUUUUACAUUUUUUUCAUAUCUUUCUUUUCAAACUAGUGUCUCCACCACCCCCAGAUCUCCACCUUCAGCAGGUGCCAGGUGGUAAGCUUGCCUUGAACUGGACACUCCCCGUGUCAGGAUUAGAACAGGAUAUGAUUUAUGAGAUCCGCUUCUCAAAGGAUGCAGGCACAACAUGGAAGGUAAAUGAGAAGAGACAGGGUGGAAUGGGUAGAGAAGGUGGAAUGUUAUAAGAAAGAAUAAAGGAAAGGAUUACAAAGCACGGGGAGAAAUUGAAAGGGAAUAGGUAGGAAAGGGAAAGGAAAGACAGUGGGUAAAAGGGGAAAUGGAAUGAGAAUAAAUGGAAAACUAAUGUUCUGGAAAAGAAAGGACAGCGGAAAAUAAUGAAAAAGAUAGGGAAGUGAUGGGGAAGGAUCGGGUUACAAAGGGAAAGAAGCAAAAGGAAGAUCAGAGUAAAACAUGAUAGAAGAAAAGGAUGAAAGUAAGGAAUGAAGGAGAAAAAGAAGAAUUAAUUAAAAGGGGCAGAUGGUGGAAGAAAAGAACAAGAAAAGAAAGUUGAUCUAGAUCCUAGAGAGAUACAACAAAGGUAAUGGAGGGCAGAGCUUUAAUGCUAUUUAUUCUGUCAGACCCUGCAGAUUCCACGUGGAGUGUCCCAUGAAGUUCUUGACUUAAUGCCCGGCUCCCGAUAUUCCCUGCAGAUCCGAUCAUGUCCCAGUGGAGACAGGAUACAGGGAUUCUGGAGCUCAUGGUCCGAAGCAGCGAGCAUUACUCUUCCUUCCAGCAAAGGUGAGACAAUGGGAACCUUUUUUUUUUUUGGGAACCUUAAUAGUCACAUAAAGCAGAAACAAAAGUAAAAUUCAUGCCAUGAGAGCAAUAUCCUGCUUGGGUACAGGUGUGUUCUUAUCAUGGGGUCAGUCAAACCUGUGAUCCAACAGGGAAAGAACUUCAUGUCUGCUCUAAGUGGAACUGCUGGCAAAUUAUUAUUAGAUAUGAGUAGGAUAGUGAACAUUAUUAAAGCAAAAAGUAAGAUGCUUUGAAGGAGUGCUCCAAAUACAUUAACAAUUCCUUCUCAACUCCCGAAAUGCAGUCAAAUCUCUCCUUGGAUCAAGAACCUCAUAAAUUAAAAAUUAUAUCCCUGAAUAUUAUGCUUUCGCAAGUAUUCAUCCAGUUGCUGUCUAAACAUCUGUACAUGUUUUGAUAGAACCACCUCUUCAGGCAGAGAAUUCCACAUCCGUAUUGUUCUUACAGUAAAAAAAAGCGCUCCAUUCCUUUUAGCAAUUUUGAAGCUUAUCUCUGCACUUUUGCUAGUGCCAUGAUAUCCUUCUUUAGAACAGGUGCCCAAAAUUGCACAGCAUAUUUAAGGUGUGGUCUUACCAGCGAUUUAUAAAGAGGCAAAAUUAUAUUCUCGUCCCAAGAAUUUAUGCCCCUAUUUAUACAUGACAAGAUCUUACUGGCCUUAGCAACUGCAGAUUGACAUUGCAUAUUGUUGUCUAAUUUGUUGUCUAUAACAAUUCCCAAAUCCUUCUCGUGUGUGGUUAUUCCUAACUCAAUAGCUUGGCCAGUAGGAUAACCUCCUGGUUAAACGCUUUGGUAUUAUUAUGGGUGUAAAUUGCUUGUGUGUUCUUUACCCAGAUGUGCAUAACUUUGUAUUUCUCCAUGUUAAAUUUCAUCUGCCAUUUUAGUGCCCAGUCCCCCAGUCUAUCCAAAUCCCUCUGCAGAAAAGCAAUGUCCUGCACAACAACGUACAUGCAGAUUUGAUUUGUCGGUAUAUUUACUGAACUGUUAUUUUUUGAUGUAUUACUUUAACAGUGAUGCAGCAGACUGAAUAGCAUGGCUUAAUGCGGAUGUACAAUGGGUUAGAUGGAUAUAUGAGUUACUGAACCUUAUUUUUCAGGCUGGUUAAUCACCACCAUUGUCCUGGUCUUGCUAUCAGUCCCCGGGGCUGUGCUGUGUAUUUACUGUGUCUUACGCCCAUUCUACAGGUAAGUAAAUAGCAGCAAAAAUGUCCCUAAUACAAUAGUGCACUGUGUUUCUAAAUCCAGAUCUCCAAAUCUUUAUUGUUGAUGAGUUACAAACCGAUGUUAUAGUUACUAACUUUAUAGGAUCUUGUAUGGAGAAUGCAUGAUAGUUACAAGAACUGUGUAAAGUGAAUCAUUAAAUAUCAAAGGAGGUUUUUCAUUAAACUGUGAAAUGACCAAACUGCCCUAUGGAUGGGACAAUUAAAUCAAUCAACCAAUAGAAAGUAACUGAAUUAUUUUCGACAAUGCUAGAACUAGUGUAGCACAUGGGAUCUCCAUUGAGAUGUUAUAGUUGUGGCCCCUGCAUCAUGCUAUGAUUGUUUUAUCUUGGAUUCAUUGAUUGUAGAGUAUCCAAGAAUCCUGCUCUCAUCGCAGUGGCCUGUCAUGUAAUGGAUUCUUGUGUAUUUCCUUGUUUUCAGGAAACUGAAGGACAUUCUUUGGCCACCUCUACCCAAUCUGCAUCAUGUGCUGGACACGUUCCUCACUGAAAUCCAGAAACAGUACAAGGUGAACCUAAUAUUCAAUCAGUCAUGGGAAAGGGCCCCAUAACAACACAACUUUAAAGGAACACUAUAGUGUUAGGAAUAUAAAUAAUGUUCUACUAACUAGUUAAGACAGGCUCCCCCACCUCUCCUGUUUGGAAUAAACUUACAGUUCUCUGUGCAGUCGCCCCACCUCCCAGGCUGAGAUGAUCAAUCCUGAUUAAUUCAGUUUAUGCAACGCUUCCCCCAUGCAUCUCUAAGGGAAACUUUAAUUGUCUACAUGCAGAGACACUGAAUGUCGGUCCUUCAAUCUUCACCAAGAAAAAAGCUUCAGGCCCUCAUUGUGUUCACAUUCAAAGCAGUUUAUUGGACCAUUAUAUGCACAGCAACGUUUCGACCUCCACUAAGGUCUUUGUCCAGCUUGAGGAGGUCAGUGGAGGUUGAAUUGUUGCUGUGUACAUGAUAGUACAAUAAACUGCUUUGAAUUUGAACACAGUGAGUGCCUGAAGCCUUUUCCUUGGUAUAUACUACAUGUAUGGGGUGUGCUAGCCCUGGCUCAGUUACGUACCAUGUUGUUAUCUGGAAGAGUGCAAUCACUCUUCUAGAGUCCUGUAAACUUUGUGAGACUGAAUACAGGAAGUCCCUCUAGUGGCUGUCGGAGUGAUUGUCCGAGAGACAGUCUAAGAAAAGGCUAAUAGUGACCCUGCAAGGUCAGACUAUAUGCCCCAAACCAUAAAAUUAAACUGUAGUGGUUGUGGUGACUAUAGUGUCUCUAUAAACAUAAUUGGCAACUGUCCAAGAACAGCGUCAUUAAUGCACAUGGGGAGCGAAGUGGAGCUGUCUGGUCCAAUCACACAGAAGAGCUACUGUAGCUCAAAUUCAAGAAAAACCUAAUGUUGACCAUGAUAGAAAUGUGUCAGUUAACACAGUGCAUUGUAAGGAUGUGCAUGGGAAAAAUAUUCGGUUUGGUUCAACAUUUCGAAAUUCGGAACUUCAGAACUUCGGUUCGGCACUUCGGAACUUCAGGACUUCGGGUAAGUGUAGGUUAGAGGUAGGAUAGGGUUAGGGUAGGGUUAGAGGUAGGGUUAGCGUAGGAUUAGGGGUAGUGUUAGAGGUAGGGUUAGGGUUAGUUUAGGAGUAGGGUUAGGUGUAGGAGCGAAGUGGAGCCUGUCUGGUCCAAUCACACAGAAGAGCUACUGUAGCUCAAAUUCAUGAAAAACCUAAUGUUGACCAUGAUAGAAAGGUGUCAGGAAACACAGUGCAUUGUAAGGAUGUGCAUGGGAAAAAUAUUCGGUUUGGUUCAGCAUUUCAAAAUUCAGAACUUCAGAACUUCGGCACUUCGGUGCGGAUCGGCACUUCGGAACUUCAGGACUUCUGGUACGUGUAGGUUAGGGGUAGGAUAGGGUUAGGGUAGGGUUAGAGGUAGGGUUAGGGUAGGAUUAGGGGUAGUGUUAGAGGUAGGGUUAGGGUUAGUUUAGGUGUAGGAUUAGGUUGGGGUAGGGUUAUGAAUAGGGUUAGGGUUACACUACCCCUACCUUAACCCUACUCCAACUACUAACCCUACUCCAACCACUAACCCUACUGCAACCCUUAACCCCACCCCUAGCCCAACCCCUAACCCUACCCCAACCCUUAACGCUACCCCUAAACCUAACCCUUCCUCUACUCCAACCCCUAACCUUACUCAAACCACUAACCCUACCCCUACCACUAACCCUACUCCAACCCUUAACCCUACCCCUAACCCUACCUCUACCCACACCAUUAACCCUACCUAACCAUACUCCAACCCAUUACCCUACCCUAACCCAUAGCCCCAACCCUUGCUACUUUUCAAAAAUCCGAAGCACUUCAGCACUUCCGAAAUGGGGCACUUCCGAAAUUCGGCACUUUGGAACUUUGCCAAUUUGAUUCGGUUCGGCAUUCCGAAAUUCGGCACUUUGGAAAUUUGGCACUUCAGACAUUUGGAAGCAUCCGAAUGUCAGAUUUUCCUAAAUUUGUCCGAAUUUGCAUUCGGAACAAAAUUAAUUUAACAUGUCUAGUGCAUUGUAGUUUGUUGAAUGUUGGGCUGAGAAGCUGCAGACUGUUUAGAGUGCCCAUGAUGACCCUUGUUCAACAUCAAAAGUGCCUUCAAUGGGUAUGUGAGCUUUAAAACUGGACCACGGAGCAAAGGAAAAAGGUUGUCUGUCCUGAUGAAUGACGCUUUCUUUCAGAUAAGGGAGAUGGAUGGGCACAUGCAUUGUUUACUUAGGAAUAGAUGGCAGCAGGAUUCACUAUGAGAAAAAGCCAGACCGGCAGAUAGAGUGUUAUGCUCUGGUAAAUGUUCUUCUGAGAAUCCUUGGGUUCUGGCAUUCAUGUUGAUGUUACUUUGACAUGUACCACCAACCUAGAGAUUGUUGCAGACCACGUACACCUCUUCAUGGCAAAGGUAUUUCCCAAUGUCCGUGGCCACUUUCAGCAGGGUAAUACACCCUGCCACUCUGCAAAUAUUGUCCAGGAAUGGUUUUGAGGAACAUGACAAAGAGUUCAAGGUGUUGCCUCUUCCUCCAAAUUCCCCAGAUCCCAAUCCAAUUGCGCAUAUGUGGAAUGUGCUGGAAUAUCAAAUCCGAUCCAUGGAGCCCAAACCUUGCAACUUGCAGGACUUAAAGGAUCUGUUUUUUAAUGUCUUGGUGCCAGAUACCACAGUACACUUUCAGAGGUCUUGUGGAGUCCAUGCCUUGAUACAUCAGAGCUGUUUUGGCAUCAUUAAGGAGAACCUGCACAAUUUUAGGCAGCUGGUUUUAGUGUUGUGGCUGAUCAGUAUGUAUGUAAUAUCUGCAAUCUACGCAAGAUGGCACUCUUGAGCUUGUUCACACUCUUAUAAUUUACCAAACUCUUAUAAUUUACCAAGCAGGCUGCUACCAGGCAGAUUUUUGAUUCUUGUUGCUCCUCUCACACCUUGUCCCUUUGCUGAUGACUUUAUUAGCUUCUUACCAUUUAAGAUUAAAUCCAAGAAACUAACACUCAAAUACAAAGCCCAUAAGAACUCUCCCCCUCACUACAUUUCUGCAUUAAUUCAGAGGUACACACCGCUCUGCCUGUGACCUUCUCCUGUCCACUGCUCGUACCCGUACUGCUAACUCCCGUUUUAAGGACUUCUCACAGCCAGCUCCAUAUCUCGACACACAAGUCAUUUAAUGUAAUUAGAAAGAUUUUUGUAAUCCUAAUGUUUUAGAGUGAGAGGGGUUAGAUGGGGAUAUAAUAGAAUACAACAUACAGUAUAUUCAAUAAUAGCUAUACAAAAUAAGCUAAAAUGUAUCAGCACAUCUGCAACAUUAUUGUCUUUUUGUGUCUUUAGACAAACCCAACGUUCUACGAGAAGCCAACAGAGGACGUUUUUCAGCCAUCUUGUCUUGAGAUUUUGGGGGAAGAAGCCAUUUCACCUGAAAUUCUGCAUAUAUCUCGUGAUUACGUGCAGCUGUCCCCCCCAAGGUAUCAGAAUGAGGAUUACUGGCCUAAACUCAGCCCAAACAUUAGCAAUGCUUCUUGUCACCAACCCACCAAUGCCAUCUCCAAUCAGACAUACCUCACUACAGGCUGGAAUCUGUAG